CUCUCCCUGUUCUCCUGUACUUUUCCGUGUUUAAAAACAGCCUCCUCUCCUCAGGUUCACUCGGUUGUUCAUCCGGUCAAAGCUGCGUCGUCCGCGGUAAAAGUAAAAGCAGUAAAAGACCCUGUUGUUAUAGUUUCUUUUUAUUUGCGUCGUGUGUGGAAACAUGGCUCAGAUUAACACCUGCAUCAAACGCACCUUCAUCACCUUCAACGUCUUCUUGGCGGUGGUGGGUGGACUCGUCAUCCUGCUCACAUGUCUGGCUCAGAUCUACACCAGCAAACAAGCGGGAGACAAGGUGGAGGCUCAUCUCUUCGGCUUCAUCUUCUUCUACAUCCUGGGCGUCUGCACUCUGGUCCUCGCCAGCCUGGGGGCGUUUGGAGGUCACAGGGAGAGAAGAGGAGUUCUGAUCGCAUUCCUGGUGUGUGUGGUGAUAGGUACUGUGGCAACGUUCAGAUUUGGACUCUAUUUCUACAGUCUUCAACCUGAGGUAGUGUCAGCCCUGGAGGACGACUACCACAAACUGCUGCCUCUGAACACGGCCGCAGAGAACGUGAAGGAAAUGAUGGACACUGAGCAGUCAGAGCUGCAGUGCUGUGGUCUGUUCAGCUACACCGACUGGCAGAGCGACAUCCCACAGUCGUGCGAGUGCAGCCCUGAAGAGGCAGCAGAAGAAGGUCUGUGUGUGGACGUCACCAACAGACAGUUCAUGUUCAUGCCAGAAAGAAAGACCAUCUACGCCAAGCCCUGCUUCCCCAUCAUCAUGAACUACUUCCUGCUUGUAGUCGACAUCGUCUGCGGCAUCACCGUCACGUUGGCCGUGCUGGGGGUACGAUUCUUACUUUAGCAUUUAGCAUCGAUCGCACGAUGAGCUUCAGACAAGGUCACAUGAUCAAACUGCACUUCCUGUGUUCACCUCCAGGUCCUGGCCAUAAUCAUGUCGUCCAUCAUGAUCCACCAGAUGCGCUGGUCCAACACCACCACCAUCGUCAUGACGGUGCCCACCAUCUUCACCUCUUCUCCACCCAAGUACGAGGAGCUGAUCAAUCCUCCAGGCUACUAGACCCAACCCCGUGAGUCGGUCCUGCAGUGACCAGGGUCUGACGUCCACUUCAAAUAUGUGCCAGACUUUCUUCUUUUUUACUUAUGUAGGAAAAACAGGGCCGUCCUGGUCUUCGUUAAUAUUAAUGAGGGUCAAUGAAAUCCUGAGGUCAGAGGGUCCUGGAAUUAAAGAUCGUUUUUUAUCUUUUAAAGACAAAAAGCCACAAACGAUGGAUGUAUCUGGGAUCGUUGUUUUAGGUCUGACCUGAGGCUCAGCUCUAUUUUUUUUCUCUUUUGUUGCAUGUAUGUUGGUAUUGUUGAUGAAAUCAGUAAAAUCAGAUGGUCCCUGAA